AAGGAAAGUAAACCAGAAAAAGAAAGAAAAAAGAAUCCCCUCUCUCUGUAAAGUAUAAAACAAUAUAUCUUUCCUUAGCUUCGGCCCAACGUCUCUCCCGAUCCAAUAAUACGAAUAACGUUCCAAAAACCCUCUUCCCCUUCCACUCUCUCUCUCUGUCAUUUUCUCAAACAACUGAUCGGUUCUUUCCGAAAAUCGUACGCCGUAUUUCACCAGCCAAUUAAUCAGUGAUUCGGUCGGAUUGACUGAAAAAAAUAAACAAGCGAAGAUGUCUCUUAGACCGAGCGCGAGGACCGAGGUUCGACGGAACCGAUACAAGGUGGCGGUUGAUGCGGAGGAAGGUCGGCGGAGGAGAGAAGACAACAUGGUGGAGAUCCGGAAGAACAAGAGAGAAGAGAACCUUCUAAAAAAGCGUCGCGAAGGACUUCUUGCUCAACAACCGCAACCGCAGCAACAGCAGAUGUUAUCUUCCGGCGUUGGUUCCGAGAAUAAGUUAGAAAGUCUUCCGGCUAUGGUUGUGGGCGUUUGGUCUGAUGACAAGAAUGCGCAGCUUGAGGCAACCACUCAAUUCCGAAAGCUGCUAUCAAUAGAACGUAGUCCUCCAAUCAAUGAAGUUGUACAAGCAGGUGUUGUUCCUCGCUUUGUUGAGUUCCUUAAUAGGGAUGACUUCCCUCAGCUUCAGUUCGAGGCAGCUUGGGCUCUCACAAAUAUUGCUUCAGGAACAUCAGACAAUACCAGAGUUGUAAUUGAUCAUGGAGCUGUCCCUAUAUUUGUUAAACUCCUAGGUUCUCCAACGGAUGACGUACGCGAACAGGCUGUUUGGGCAUUGGGGAAUGUUGCUGGAGACUCUCCUAAAUGCCGUGACCUGGUCCUUGGCCAUGGAGCCUUAGUUCCUCUUUUGGCACAAUUUAAUGAGCAUGCAAAGCUCUCUAUGUUGCGAAAUGCUACCUGGACUUUGUCAAACUUCUGCAGGGGCAAGCCACAACCUUCAUUUGAGCAGACAAAGCCAGCUUUGCCAGCUCUUGAGCGCCUUAUCAAUUCAAAUGAUGAGGAAGUCUUGACAGAUGCAUGCUGGGCUCUGUCAUAUCUCUCAGACGGUACUAAUGACAAAAUCCAAGCUGUUAUUGAGGCAGGUGUAUGCCCACGACUUAUUGAGCUCUUGCUUCAUCCAUCCCCAACGGUCCUCAUUCCUGCCCUUCGCACAGUUGGAAAUAUUGUUACAGGGGAUGAUAUGCAGACUCAGUGCAUUAUUGGCCACGAAGCUCUUCCCUGCCUCUUGAACCUGUUGACAAAUACCUACAAGAAGAGUAUCAAGAAGGAAGCUUGCUGGACCAUCUCAAACAUCACCGCUGGAAAUGUAGAUCAGAUACAGGCUGUAAUUAAGGCUGGGAUUAUUGCCCCUCUAGUCCAUCUCCUUCAAAAUGCCGAGUUUGAGAUCAAGAAAGAAGCUGCUUGGGCAAUUUCAAAUGCUACAUCUGGUGGUACCCAUGAACAAAUAAAGUUUUUGGUGAGCCAAGGUUGCAUUAAGCCAUUAUGUGAUCUUCUGAACUGUCCUGACCCAAGAAUUGUCACGGUUUGUUUAGAAGGUCUUGAAAACAUUUUGAAGGUUGGUGAAGCAGAGAAAAAUCUGGGUCACACUGGAGACGUCAAUCUCUAUGCCCAGUUAAUUGAUGAUGCUGAGGGAUUGGAAAAGAUUGAAAACCUCCAAAGUCAUGACAACAAUGAAAUAUACGAGAAGGCAGUGAAGAUUCUUGAAACUUAUUGGGUGGAGGAUGAGGACGAGCCUUUACCCCCUGGUGAUGCUGCACAAUCUGGGCUCCAAUUUGGAGGCAAUCAACUUCCUGUCCCCUCUGGUGGAUUCAAUUUCAAUUGAAGGAAGCUUGGUUGGAGUGGAAUGAAACUCAGUGGUCAGUACUUUCUUGGUGUUUGUCGGAAUUCACAUAUCGUUCAAGUAAUGCAUAAGUAUGUCCUCAAGAAGUCAUCAAAUAAAGACAAGGUGGUAAAGACGCUUGACGAGUCCAGAAGCCGUACAAAUAUUUGUUUUUCUACUUUAUCUUUGCAGUAGUUCAUUCUUUUUCAGCAUCGUAAUACUUGGAUGCAAGGGUCGAGGCAUGCAGCUCCAUGUCCUACCUUCUGCUUUUUUCCCUUGUUUUAUAUCAGUUUACUUUCUUCAUUAAAGGUCUUCUUUGUUUUUUUUAAAAAAAAAAAAAUUUAGAUAUUUCAUUUUAGUAA